ACUCACUCAAAGUACUCUCGAGGCGGUCUCUUUCGGAUUUUCUUCCCGAUGGCCAACGGCACUUCGGUUGGGGAGACUAAGUUCAUAUAUUACAUCGAUGAGGAAGAAACUCCUUACCUUGUUAAACUCAACAUUGCUCCAGAAAAAGUCACUCUUGGCGAUUUCAAGAAUGCUCUAAACAGACCGCAUUCGAAAUUUUUUUUCAAGUCACUAGACGAUGAUUUCGGGGUUGUUAAGGAGGAAAUAUUCGAAGAUAACGCUCCACUCCCUUGUUUCAAUGGUCGUGUCGUUUCUUGGUUGGUGACUACAGAUGAAAGUAUAGCAUCUGAUCCAGGUGUUCUCAACCCCUCUGUUGAGGCAAACGCUAUUGUAAAUAGUAGUAAAUAUGAUCCUAACCUUGAUUUGGAGUCAAAUAAUACGCGCAACAACGAAUGCAAAAUCAACUCUUGUGUACUUCAGUCACAUACGACCGCUGCUCCAGCUGAUUCUACUUCUGCAAACCUGGGUCAUGGAGGAAAUAUUGGAAAAAAUUACGAUACAGAAACGGAGUCUGUACAUAGUGCUAACCAAGAUCGCAUUGCUCCUCUACGGAAUUUUCACAAUUAUAAAUCUAGUGGUCGACAUCACCAUACAACGAGUGGUGGUAGUCAUAUCACUCAACAGACAACUCAUAGUGGUUCACGCCAUCGUCACUAUCGUCAUUUGCCUAGUUCAAAUACCUAUGAAGCUCCUUCAAUGAUGAGUUCUGAUUUAGAAUCAACUAGCUUCUUAGACUCAGAAGAAGAAUCUAGCAGAUUUUCAUCAGUCACUGGAACAACAUUAUCUUCCCGUCGAUAUGGCCGUGCACGUCGCAGACGAAGACGUAGGCGUCCACCACCAAUCAGCCGAGCCUCGUCGUUCAGCAGUAUUACAGACUCCACCAUGUCUUUAAAUAUUGUGGCAGUUACGUUGAACAUGGAUAUCGUCAAUUUCUUGGGUAUCAGUAUAGUUGGUCAGUCAAAUAAAUCUGGAGAUGGUGGGAUUUAUGUAGGUUCUAUCAUGAAGGGUGGUGCUGUCGCUCAAGAUGGACGAAUUGAACCUGGGGAUAUGAUUCUGGAAGCAAACGGGAUUAGUUUUGAAGAAAUGAGUAAUGACGAUGCAGUUCGCACAUUACGAGAGCAAGUUCAGCGUCCUGGACCUAUUACAUUAGUUGUUGCUAAAUGUUGGGAUCCUAAUCCAGCCGAACGUUAUUUUACAAUACCUCGUCAAGAACCUGUACAUCCUAUUGAUCCGCGUGCCUGGGUGUUACAUACCAAUGCAAUGACCACACCAGACUCACAGGUUCAAAGUAAUGAUAUACAUAGACAAGUUAAUGGGACUUCCAUGACUGGUGCCUCGUCAGGUGGUGAGUCUAGCUCCACUCUUAGUCCCCCUGGUCUUACCCCUGGUAUGAGUAUGGGCACUUUGACAUCAGGGCAAACUUCAAUGCCGCUAGGUACAAGUGCAGCAGCGUUCAAUAUGGCUGCUUUACUUGCAGCCUCUAAACAAAAACAGCAACAAGAACAAGAACAUCAGCAGCAACAACAUUUACUUCAACAACGAAUUCAUUUAUCACAACCCGCAUUUUAUCCUGCAUCAAAUUUAUUACUUCCCCAUGGUUAUACUCAACAGAUCGCUCCUAGCAUUGUUACUGCAUCCAGCUCGCUGCCGGAGAUUGAACGUUACUCAGACCCCAUCCCAUUAGGUCUAUCGACAAGUAUUCCCACUGUUAUUCGUGCAAUGCUCCAACCUGAUUCUGGUCUCGAUAUUAGGGAUCGUAUGUGGCUCAAGCUAACCGUACCAAACGCGUUUAUAGGUUCUGAUCUAGUUGAUUGGCUUUUCCGUCACUUGGAUGGUUUGACCGAUCGCCGGGAAGCCCGAAAGUAUGCAUCUAAUCUGCUCAAAUUGGGAUACAUUCGGCAUAUUGUAAAUAAGUUAACUUUUUCGGAACAAUGUUACUAUGUCUUCCGGGAUAUAAGUGAACAUAUGUCUUGCUUAAGCCUAGAAGAAGUUGAUAGUGUCAGUGAAGUUGGUGCACAUUCUCAUCCCAAUUGGGGGCACAACACAACAAGUACUAGUUUAACUGUUAGGGCUGGUGCUAAUGGUAGCAUGCCCGAUUACAAUCCGGGUUUUGCUGGAUCUCAUGGAAUCGGAGCAGCAAGUAGAGAAGGGAAUAGCAGUCAGUAUAGCACCGUCCCACCGAUGUAUCAUCCACCAGCUCCGCCUCUUGCUGCUCCUAUUCGCCAGUUGAUCGCAGACGGUCAAAAUGUAGCUGCUAACGCAAAUCUCCAGCAGCCACACACUGGGCCACGAUUGAAUAAUGGAAAUAGAGAUAAUAUUUCAGGCUAUUCCAGUUCAACGUCUAGCACAAGUAGUGAGUCAGGUCAUUUCGCUCAUGAAAUUCCUGGACAUACGAAAUCGCGCCCCAAAGAAACAUCCGCAUCAAACCACAUUGGGGUUCAGGGAUUCAGCCAUUCUAGACAACAAGAUUCAGUUUUACCAAAUGUACGGUCACUAAAACAGCAACAUUCCCAGUCAAAUUCUAAUUUGGCACAAAGUCUCUCUGCUACUGGUGGUGCUGCGGGCAAUCAGUCUAGAUUAAGACCUCCUUUUUAUUCUAAUGGUAAUGAUCUAUCUCAACAGAAUGAGCUUGCAGCAUCAUCUACAGGAUCUAGUUCAACUUCUUUUGGAAACCCAAGACAGAAUGUUCCCACUAAUAAUUCUGAUAGCAAGCAACACCAAACACAGGAAUCAGUUAAACGAGAUUCUAUGCUGAGUUCGAAAAGUAGUAGCAGCAGUAGCUGUACUCCGUUAAAUGCAAACAUGCAGGAAACGCGACUGUUCAAUUCACAUCGGCUAUCUCAUAUGUCAAAUCACCAAAAUUGUGCUCCCCCUCCUCCUCCACCACGAAUUUCAACUGCUGUUUCUGGUUUCACACUCACAAGUCAUCCUUAAACAUGAAAUCUGGAAAAACAGAAAUACCGUGGUUUGGAAAGAUUUUUCUACCUCAUCUCAUCUCUUCUCGAAGGUUUCCAAAGAGAUAUAAUUAUUUUGACCACUUCGUUGUAAUUACAGUGAUAUGUGAUACUCGGAUUUCCAUAAUAUAACCUCAUUUCUUCACAAAGAAGCUCAUCCUCAACUCAGGCCAUUUUUCCAAAUUUAUAUUCAUAAAAGUUUUCUCCCUAAUAUAUAGUUCACUCACGCGUUAAGUUGUAUAUUGUGCAAUCAUUAACAUUUUAAAAUACCCUUUUUGACAAAAUGAUGUCAACUCUUCUUGUAAUCAAUCUCAUAGUCUACCUCGAUGUAUUGUUUAUCAUUUAUCUAGUUACAACUUAUUAUCUUGUUCUUGAAAUGAACUCCCAUAUUACAUAUUAUGUACCAAUCCUUCGUUUUUAUCUCAUUUCCUUUCUUUCUCAACUAACAGAAUAUGCUUUAUUUAACCGUAUUAUUCAGUUACCUACUCCAGAAAUAAUUUUUUUCCUUAAAUUCAGUUGUCGUUACGUAUAAUAUUUGAUUGAUAUUUGAAUCAUUUACAAUUUUUAAAUUAAAACUUUCUAACUAA